AUGGCAGAAUAUGAGGCAGAGUUCUUGCGACUGAGUCGCUACGCACGUGGGAUAGUGGCAACUAAGUAUGAGCGCUGUAGGGAGCGAGAUUUUGCUGCCCUUGUUGAAAAGGAAAAAAUUGCCGAGGAUGUGAAGCACUCUGAGUGCCAGAACUAUGAGAAAGAUACAGGCAGGUUUAUGAGGGAUUUAGAGCUCAAGUUCUUUUGGAGACAUCAUCUGGGUAAGUGUUGGAAGAAGACUGGGGCAUGUUUCAGAUGCGGGUCCAGGGAGCAUCAACUUAAGGAUUGUCCUCAGAGGCCUACUCAGAUGGAAGCUGCAGGUCAGGGUUUUGUUCAGCCAGUAAGAGGUGGUCAGCAGCCACCAAGAGGCCAUGGGCAGGUUAGAAGUGGAAAUGGUGUAGGUCGAGGUCGUGGAACAUUUGGUAGAGGUGUUGGCAAUAGGUCUACGUAUUCAUACAUUGCAUGCACUGUGUCUGGCACCUUGGGUAUCAUUUGUAUGAGUACCAUUAAGAAGACGACGGUGUUGAGUCCACUGGGACAAUCAGUAAGGGUAGACAAGUUAUUCAGAGAUGUGGCCCUAGAGGUUCAAGGAGUUAUAUUUCUAACAGAUUUAAUGGAGCUACAGUUUGGUGAUUUUGGCCUGAUCUUCGGGAUUGAUUGGUUGGUAAAACACCAUGCAAGUUUGGAUUGUGCUGCUAAGCGUAUGGUAUUAAAGACUACUAAUGAUGAGGAGGUGGUUGUGAUUGGGGAGCGAAGGGAUUUUCUGACUAAUGUGAUAUCUGCUUUAAGGGUUGAAAAAUUGGUUCGCAAGGGUUAUGAGGCAUUUCUAGCCUAUAUUAAUACAUCUGAUUCUGAGGGUCCUUCUGUUGGAGAUGUCAUAAUUGUUAAGGAUUUUUCUGAUGUACUUCCUGAUGAGCUCCCUGGCUUGCCUCCGAGCCGUGAGGUUGAAUUUGGAAUUGAGCUCCUGCCAGGAACGGCUCCAGUGUCCAUCGCCCCUUAUAAGAUGGCACCAAAGGACUUGGUGGAAUUAAAAGCUCAAAUCCAAGAACUAUAG